AUGGGGCGAGCGGGACAGCUUGCUGUUUUAGGUCUUUUGGGUUUUGGAUUGCCAGCAUGGGCUUUUACCCAAAUAGUGGAUCCGCGAACACAGCAGUUGAUCAUCGCCUGUGCUCUCGUCAGCUUGGCUGGCUUUCUGGGGACAGUCUACCUUGUUCCAAAGGUGGCAUCUAAGACGCAAGCACGGGGCAUUUGUGGCAAAGACUUGAAUAAGAGGGGCACUCCCGAAGGUGAAAAGCCGAUUCCGGAAGCUGCAGGCUUGGCGCCAGGCUGUGUCUUCCUGCUCUGCGUAAUCUGCUUCGAGUUGCUGCAUUACUACGAUAUCGGCAGUCUGGCGCACUAUGUGCGAAGUGGGUUCAAGGGCAGCCCAAAGACAGAGCCCAUUUCGGACGCGUGGCUGGUGGACUACAACGCUGCGCUCGCAACUAUCGGCUUUAUGCUCUUCCUGGGAUUUACUGACGACGUGCUGGACAUACGAUGGCGGGUAAAGCUCAUCCUGCCACUCUUCGCUUCUCUCCCCUUGCUCGCCGCCUACUCGGGGGGAACGGGCAUCGCCGUCCCCAAGCCCCUUCUGGGCCUUGGCUUGGGCCUACCCGCCUAUCUGGAGCUCGGUUUGCUUUACAAGCUCUUCAUGGUCCUGUUGACCAUCUUUUGCACGAACUCCAUAAACAUCCUGGCCGGAGUCAACGGCCUUGAGGCCGGCCAAACCUUCAUCGUCGCGUGCGCCGUGCUGCUGCACAACUUUCUUGCCGUCGCGGGAUGGGCCGGCGCCAGCCCCGCAGUCCGUGACGGGCACCUCUUCUCCUCUUACCUCAUGAUGCCUCUGGCUGCAACUACCUUCGGCCUGCUGGUCUUCAACUGGUACCCCAGUCGUGUCUUUGUUGGCGACACCUUCACCUACUUCGCUGGCAUGACCAUCGCCGUGGCCGGCAUCCUGGGUCACUUUAGCGAAACACUGCUGCUCUUCCUGCUGCCCCAGGUUUUCAACUUCCUGUACUCGCUACCGCAGCUGUUCAAGAUCGUGCCGUGUCCACGACACCGCCUGCCGGUGUUUGACCCGGCCACAGGACUGUUGCGCCCCAAGGACGCGCCCGACUGGAACUUAGUGAACCUGACGCUGCAGCUGUUCGGGCGUUGUGGCGAAAACGCAUUGUGCGUGCGGGUGUUGAUGUUCCAGGUGGCUAGCUGCGGGCUGGCGUUCGGUGUGCGGUACUUGCUGCAGGGGUACUAUAAAUAA